AGAUAUUCAGGGCAGAAAUGAGUCGAUUCAGUAUUCAAGUAGUCAAAUGGAUGGUUGGUGGAUCAUUCUCACACUAAUGAUGAAACACAGACACACACACACAUAGUGCAUAGAGAAAUAGAGAGAGAGAGAACGAGAGAGGAAGAGAGGGCUAUGGAAAGGCAGAGAGAGUGAGUAAGAUAGAGAGAGAAAGGGUGAGAGAGAGAGUGAGAGAGUUGCGGAUGUAGGAGGUGGUUCUUAGACAGACAUUGGCCAUUUAGUCCUGCCUCAUUUGGCUUCUCAGACUGCAGAUGAGAAGAUCUGCCGUUCACAAAAAAAAAAGCCUUCAAAGCCUCAGCAGCCAGAACGGAGACUUUCAUGCAAGCCAUCCUCCAGCAAGCAGCAGCAGCAGCAGCAUCUCCUCGAUCCAGAAGCUGCAGACCCUUUCUGAGCUGCGGAUUCAUCUGUACCAUGCUCUCUCUCUCCAUAUCUACAGGCAGGAUGAGUGUGGAGAGGCUGGGGAUGGCUCUCUCCAGUGUUUGGGAUGGUGGGAACGCAACCUGGGCGCUGUCUGAGCGUCCCGUUCUCCAGCCGGCGUGGGACUACCUUCGGCAAAACCACGAAAGCACCCUCCGCUCGCCUCUGUUCCCCGUCCUCCUCUCGGUCUCCACCUACCUCUUGCUGGUGCUGCUCUACACCACCCUGGACUUGCUAGCUCCCACCUGGCCCAGUAUCCGCCGCUUCCAGAUCCACCCCGACCACACCAUCACCUGGGCCAGCAUCGGCAACACGCUGGUCCUCACCACCUACAACCACCUGCUCUACAUCUUCCCAGCAGCUGUGGCACAAUGGCUCUGGCGCCCGGCUGUGCCUCUUCCCAGAGAAGCGCCCUCUCUUGCCGCUUUCCUGUUUGGGAUCCUGGGAUGCACAGUGGUCUUCGACUUCCAGUACUACCUGUGGCAUUUCUUGCACCACCGUGUCAGCUGGUUGUACAGCACCUUCCACGCCAUCCACCACCAGUACAGGCAGCCGUUCAGCCUGGUCACUCAAUACCUCUCAGCCUGGGAGCUCUUCAGCGUGGGUCUCUGGACCACCGUGGAUCCUGUCUUGCUGCAAUGCCACUGCUUGACUGGCUGGGCGUUUAUGGUCUUCAACGUGUGGGUUUCUGCCGAGGAUCACUGCGGAUACGAUUUCCCCUGGGCCAUGCAUCGCCUAGUCCCCUUCGGCCUCUGGGGUGGAGUCCUACGCCACGAUAUCCACCACCUCCACCCCGGCACCAACUUCGCCCCCUUCUUCACACACUGGGACUGGCUGGCAGGGACCGCCUGUGCACCUUCCGCGAAACUCCGCGAGAACGAGUGUGACGAAAACAACACAAAAGCCAAUGGACAGAGAGCCGACAAAGGGGCUUAAGGGCUUAACAAUCCUCAAAAUUCUCUGACAGAGACGAUAGGUGAUAGUACCUACGCUACUGUUCAAAAGUUUGUAGUCAAGGAUUUCAAUCUUUUACAAUCACUUUUGCUGUACGAAAUGAUUCUGAUGGUUUAGGCUGGGGCACCUUUAUACCUUUUAAAAGAAAAUGUAGAAAAUCGAAUGAUUGUAAAAUGCCUAGAAGGAGUAAAAUGAAAAAACAGCCUUAUUUUUUUAAGUCAAGUCUUAAAGCAGAUCAUUGUAAAUAAAUCAAUGCUGUAUUUUAUUCAUAGAGUGCAAACAAUGGGCUUCAUUCACUACCAACAUUCUUAAGAAGAAGAUUUCUUUUCAACACACAUGUAGAAUCUUCAUGUGAAGAUUCUGAGAAUCCAAACCAAUGCUCCUUAUUUGGACAAUGGGAUCCAUCUCUGGUUUAAAAACACUCUGUUUUAUUUGUAAGAAUUAAUUAAAGAACAUUCUUAAGAAGAUAUUGGUGAAUAAAGCCCUGUGUACUGUUCCUAAAAUACUUGAGGAUUUGAAUGGACUUUCUUAAAUUACAUUUUUGGUUUGCGAGAAGCUACUAUUGUAUACAAACUGCACAAACAAUUCAACUAUCAAUGACAAUUGAUUUCAAACUUUUGAAUGUUAGUGCUCUUUCUCCCUCUUACCUCUCUCAACCUAUUCCUGUUUUUGAUUUCUACGAUUUAAUUAUUUAUUUCUCGUUCAUUUACUUAGUUCUUUUUUCUCUCUCCAUCUCCUUUUUUUACUCAGAGUUACAAACGAUGUCUUACUAACUCCACUGAGUAGUGAAGGAGCUGAGCUGAGCCGUUGGACUGGAAGAUUUCUGAGCUGUGUUUACUGUGUGCUGAGCAGACUGUAUAAGGUGUUUUAUUCUUGUGAAGCAUAUAUAUUUUUCUAGAGUCUUUCUACUGUUAGCAAGUGUGUGGGCAUUCGGAGGCUGUCUCAGGUCAGUAGCUUUGGCCUUUUUGUGUGUUCCCAGAGCGCUCCGGGUCUCCUGACCCGCAAGAAAUGAACAUGUUGUUGCUGUUGCUACUAGCUGGUACUGGAGUUCACAGGGUCCGUUUUUUCACUGAAAUCUGUCCAAUAAAAUGCUGCGCUUGGUUUCUA